UCCCGAAGUCUCUCAGCCGCGAGUACGUAGGCAAACUCCGAUUCAGUGAGGACUGACUGUUCCCGUUUGCAGUGCAGCUCGAAAUCUCAGGGAGAAACCGCGGUCUUUCGUCCUCUCUUUUUCCUUCUCUUUCUCUUUCUGUCUCUGUCUUCCUGUCUUUCUCUUUUUCUCUAUCUAUCUAUCUUUGUUCUCUGUCUGUCCGUCCUACUCUAGCCAUCCACUUUGCUUCUCCCGUGUCUUUUGUUGUUAGUUUCUCUCACCGCGGCAAAGUACGUGCUUAACUUUUUCCGUUCGACCGACCGUCUGUCUAUCUCUGACACGAAGUUCGUGCACGAACCACUGUUUCGAUUCUUUUCGAAGCCAGUCUACACGCUAGCUCGCUUGCGGACCGAUGUACUACACGAACGAGUGGGGCUCGUGUCUCGCGCAAAUUCCGGCUGUUCCCCAUGGCUAGUCACGUGGCUGGCCAGUGAUUCGAAAUCUGGUUGGCUUCGUUUCGCCGUACAGUGCGUUCCGGAUGAAAGGUGCGUGUGCCAGUUGAUCAAGGCUCGCUCAACCGUUCGACUUCACUCGUACGGGACGGAAUCCAGAGUCCCGAGAACGUGUGUGCGAAAUCGACGGUGGACCGCAGGUCGAUGUGCACAACUCUGGGGAGACGUACUGAAACUCCACGUCUGUCUGUGGCAGUUCCAGCGAAGGAGGAGUUCAUAUGGAAUGGCAUCGCGUGGACCCUCGGCGACGACGACGGUGGCAAUCGCGAUAGCGAUGGCCGUCGCGAUGUCAGUGAUGACGGCGAGCGGCCUUUGCCCGACUCAGUGCCGUUGCGACGACGAGAGCUUGCGCGCCUCCUGCGCUUACGCCGGCCUCGAGGUCGUCCCGAUCCAAUUGAACCCGGAGAUCACCCACUUGGAUCUGUCCAACAAUCGCGUGGCCAAUAUCCACCUGUCGUUCAGCUUCUACGGUAACCUGGUGGCCCUCGAUCUAACGUCGAACGCGAUCCACACACUGGGCUCGGACAAUUUCGUCUUCCAAAAGAACUUGGCCACGUUGAACGUGAGCGGGAACGCGAUAAGAAACUUGACCAAGAACUCGUUGCAGGGGUUGGCCUCGUUGAAAGAGUUGAACCUCGCAGGCAACAAUAUAUCCGACAUGGACGAGCAAGCGUUCAAGACCACGAGCGAGUUGGAGACGUUGAAUCUUAGCGACAACUCGAUCACCAGUUUGCCGGAGGGAUUGUUGAAGAAUCUCCACAAAAUCCGCGCCUUGAUCCUCAAGGGCAACUCGCUGCUUGAGAUCCCCACCGAAAAUUUGGCCCUCGCCCCAAGCCUGGAGAACGUGGAUCUGUCCGACAAUCUGAUCCAGGAGCUCGACAGGGACUCGUUGCCCUCGUUGCCCUCCUUAGUUUCGUUGGAUCUUGCGAACAACGUUAUCAGGAAUAUCGGUGACGACGCCUUCGACCGGCUACCGGACCUCCUUCACCUAGAUCUCUCCGGGAACAAUCUCACGUCCGUGCCCACACCCGCUCUCGCCAGGCUCAACGUCCUCUCCGACCUGAUACUGAGUCGCAACCCGCUGGCAGCGUUGGACGCGGCCGGAUUCCGCAAUCUCUACGAGUUGAGGAGCCUCGAGUUGAACGAUUGCACCAUCAUUAGCGUGCACGCGCGCGCCUUCGCCGACAACGUGAACCUGGAACGGAUCUCGUUGGACGGUAAUCGGGGUCUGAAGGAGCUACCCGCUAGGGUGUUGUACAGCGCGAGAUACCUGAAAUGGGUCUCGCUACGCCGUUGCAGCCUGUCGACCUUGCAACCGACCCAAUUCCCCGUCGACGGCCUCUCCUCCCUCCGCGUGGGCGGCAACCCCCUCGUCUGCAAUUGCUCCGUGCACUGGCUGUGGAACGUAAUCAGGGCUGAAGAGCGGCGGAACGAGUCCAGGCUCGAGCUCGACACCCACGAUAUAAUCUGCACGGACGAGGAGUUCGCCGGCAAAGCCCUGAUCGCCCUUCCCGAGGCCUCGCUUCGGUGCCGGCUCAGCCCCCUCUACCUAUCCCUGUCGGCUGCCGGUUGCCUGGCCGCGACGGCGACCAUCCUCGCGCUCAUAGCACACCUCACGCGGUCCAAGAGGAAGAAGAGGUUGGCGUACGCUGCCCCCAACCGGCCCGAAUUCCUCGUCUACGUGGGGAGGAGCAACGACGAGUUGGACAAGAGCGCGGAAUCGUACAGCAGGCGGUUGUUGGCGCGGGGGAACGAGGACGGCAGCCCGUACGACGGCAGUCCGGGGGGGAAGUCGGGGCGGAAAGUCGGGGCCCACGAUGCGAAUAUAUACGAGACGCCCAGGUACGCGAGGCAAUCGAGUGGCAAUCGUCGAAACGGCGAAACGGCGACGGCGAGCGAGACGUUCGCGCCGGUGGCAGGGCAGACGGGGGCAGAGGGUGUGUACGCGGUCGCCGACGUGACCGAUCUCCACGGCGACGAGCCACCGGAAGCGCUGUCCCUGUACAGGAUGCAGAACGUUGUUCCAACCGCGCCGACGACAACCAACGUCCGUCGAACCCUCGACUACGCUUACGACUACGAUUACGACUACGAGCCACCGCUCCCGCAGAAGCCUCACGUGGUGUUCGUUUGAGGGAAAUGAGGAUUCCUGGCCGCGAGAAAUUUCCAGGAACCCCGGAAAGGGGUUCAACGCCUCCACCCUCCCCUCUCCCUAUGCGACGAGAGAGUCGGCUUCGUUCGAGGGGAUACACUUUGCUUCCCCUCUCAUCCUGGAUCCUGGAGAAGAUUCGGAUCAGGGGGAAAUGGAUUAGCCGGUGUUAAAGAUCUGUCUAUGUGUUGUCUGGGGAGAUACGAGAGAGAGGAGAUUUAUUCUAACCGAUUGACUUGAUUCUUAACUCUCUCUGUCUCUCAUUUCGAGACGAAGCGGACGAGUAAAGUCGG